AUGUAUCCACAGGAAUCGGGGACCAUCAAGGAUGAGGCUGUGGACUUCACCCACGGUGAGUGGGCCCUGCUUGACACGUCACAAUGGAAGCUGUACAACAUGGAGAACAUCAAUCAUCUGGUCUCAACGGGGUAUCAUCUCUGCCAAUCAGAUGUGAUUUCCCAUUCAAGGCAAGGAGAGGAGCUAUGGAGGGACAAAAGAGAACUUAUUCAAAACCAGAGUCCAGGCUCACAGCAAACACAAGCCCGACGAAAGAAGACCGUUUUGAAGCCAAGUCAAAUAGAUGUCCUGCAAGCAUCACUUGAACAGAACCCCUACCCUGGUAUAACUAUCAGAGAAGAGCUCGCCAAAGAAACUGGCAUUCCAGAGUCUCAAAUUCAGGUUUGGUUUAAAAACCACAGAAGACACCUAAGGAAGGGCCCAUUGGCCUCUGGACGUGCCCUAGAAGAAGAGGCAUUCCAGGGUCAAGAACAGCCUCAGCCUUGGUCUCAAGAAAAUUUCCCCAAAGCAACCAGAAGGAAGCGGAUAUCCAUCACAAGAUCUCAAACCAGACUCCUAGUUGAAGCCUUUGAGAAGAACCGAUUCCCUGGUUUCGCGGCCAGGGAAGAACUGGCUCAACGAACUGGCCUUCCGGAAUCCCGAAUUCAGAUAUGGUUUCAGAACCGAAGAGCUCGGCACCCAGUGCAGAACACGAGUGUGCCAGUGAAUUCCUUGGCAGACAGCCUAACCCAGAGGCCUCAAGUGACGGUUCAGCUUGACCAAAGCAACCUGUCCACUGUCCCAGGCACGUCUCAACAUUGCCCACCCUCCUAUCCUUUCAAUGGGAACCAAACCAUUCUGCCUGUUCUCCAGCAGGCUAAUUCCUGGGUCCAGGAAUGA